AUGGCUUCUCUUGCACAAAAUAUCUUGUUUGCCUGUUUCAACAGAAUCCAAUUCCAUUUCCCCAUCCGCAUAUGGGUUUAUGUCUCUCAAGAGUUCACAAGAAAAGACAUCUUUCUUACCAUUCUGAGAAGUCUUACUGGGCUCAAUGAGGACAUGUAUCGCAAAAGUGAUCAAGAGUUAGCACGACUAGUUGCGUUUUAUUUAGAGAAUCGGAAGUUCUUGAUUGUCAUGGAUGAUGUUUGGACACCUAUGAAUUGGGAAAAACUCCAGAUUGCUCCCCCAAAGAGCAAUAUUACUGUGGGUAAAUUCUUAAUUACCACUCCUCAUCUUGAAGUGGCUCAGUAUGUUAACCAAAAUAGGCCACCCCACAAUUUGCGUUUCUUGACUCAAGAGGAGAGUUGGUUGUUGCUGUGUUUGGAGGUUUUCGGUAAGCGAAUGUGCCCUCCUGAGUUGGAAGAUCUAGAAAAACUAAUUGCAAAUCAGUGUGACGGGUUACCCUUGGCAGUUGUGGUUAUAGGAGACAUUCUUGUCAACAAAAAUUCAGAUUUAGAUGACAUGAGUUCAAGAAAGAAAACAUGGGCAGAAGUAUCUAAAAGUGUGAGUAAAUAUCUUAGUGGGGACCCGGAAAGACGUAUGGAGAAAACUAUAGCAUUGAGUUAUGAUGACUUGCCUCGUCACCUCAAAGCAUGCUUUCUCUAUUUGGGGAUGUUCCCGAAAGACUUUGAGAUCCCUGCUUGGAAAUUAAUCUGCAUGUGGAUUGCAGAAGGAUUCAUACAAGAAAAGUUUGGUAUUAACUUGGAAGAAACUACAUACAACUACUUGGAGGAUCUUAUUAAUAGGAAUUUAGUAAGAGUUGAGAAAAGGAGACCCGAUAGUAGAGUUAAAACAUGUCGCAUUCAUGUGAUGCUACGUGACUUUUGCAUAAAAGAAGCUGGGAACGAAAGGGAAAAUUUUCUCCAAGAAAUGGAAAGGUCUAUCUAUGGAUUUGAACCUUCAAUUUCUGAAUUACAAAAGUUUCGUCGUCUUUGUAUUCAUUCCAGCAUCCUAAACUUUAUCUCUUUCAAGCCUUAUGGUCCUCGUGCCCUGCCAACGGAAAACGCUUCAGCCAUUCCUGCAGCUUUCAAAUUGCUCAGAGUCCUAGAAGUCAAUCCCAUCAAAUUUACAAGAAUCCCUGCUGACAUGUACCAGUUGGUUCAGUUGAGGUAUCUCUCUCUGUCCAUCAAUUUAGCAAUCCUUCCUGAGGCUUUCUCAAAGCUUUGGAACAUACAAACUCUUAUCACAUUUAAUUCCCAACAUUUGAAGACUCCAUCAAAUCAAGAUAAGAUAAAACAAUAUGAAAUUUAA